UCUCUUUCAACAUGGCGCAAGCUAAAAGCGAAACAGCGCCUUCAAUCUCCGGCUCAGAGUUCUCAACGAACGGCGCACUGAUCCAAGAGGCAGGGGGAUCGACUUCGGAAAUGGACAAGCUCCGGAAUGGUGGUGAGGAAGAGGAAGAAGAGGAGGAAGUGGAAUUGGCUGAGGAAGUGGAUGAGGACAUUGGAAUGAUGGGCGAAGACAUGGCUGGAGGAGAUUCGAACUCCAUCAAUGGAAUCCCAGCUGCUAUGGGCCCACAGGAGAGAGUGAACGAGUCGGACAAGCCGGACAAAGAAACCGAGGAGGAUGAUAAAGAGAGUGCCUCAACAGAGGUAGAGGGAGCAGGACACCUGGAUCGAGAUAAACAGCCCAGCGCCGAAGAGCCCACAGAAACACCUGAAAAGGCUCCCCCAGAACAGACAGGAGAACCAGAACCAUCACCGCAACCACAACCAGCCAGAGAGCCGGAGUCAAUACAAGAACCAGAGCCCACAGCUGAACAGGAUGCUUUAUGUGAGCAAGAAGCGAGAGUUGAACUGGAGCAGCAGCAGCCACAUGAUGGGUUGGAAGAAGCCACUGAACAGCCCUUGAAGAAGGAGGUGGAGGAAAAAAAGUCUGAAUCACAUGCAGAUGAACAGAAUAAGGAAGAAGAAAAGGAGGAGAUCAAGACGGCUGAAAUUCAAGGAUCUACAAGCGAGGCAAGUACUGUCUACACAGUCACUGAGCUGGUAGAGAAAUGUGAAGAAAAAGUUCAGGAAGUGGAGCAGGUUAAAUCUUAUGUUGUUGAGCAUAUGGAAGCAAUGCAGGAUACCGUGCAGGAUCAAGAGGUUAAGGGGGCACACGAGCAAUCAACUGCAGCCAUUGUUGAAGAGUUGGCAGCGAGCGAACUGGCAGCUGUACUGCAAGCGGCACAAACGCAGCCAACAGGAUUGACCAAUGACAAGGUACAGGCACAGGUUGAUGUUGUGCAGCCAGCAGAAACAGAGGUAAUCCCUCCGCCAGAGAGCAGGACAACUACAGGCCUAGAGGCCACAGAGCCUACUGGUAAAGAUGACGAAUGUGGGCCAGAACAUGUGGCAGCUACAGAGGAGUCAGAGAAGGAUGAGUCUGACAUGGCUGUUGAGACAACAGAGAUGUUUCAGGUUGAAAGUGGGGAGGAAAUACAGGAGAGCGUGGAGGAGAGCAGCCCCGAGACAGAUGGAACAGUGCCACCACAGCAUCCUGAUGCUGAGGAACCAGAGGUGCCUGAACCCACUCCAGCACCGCUGCCAGCACCAGAUGUGCAAGAACCAGCGGUGCCUGACACUGACACAGCUCCAGGAGUGACAGAACAGCUGGAAACGUCAGAUGCACAUGAACCAGAGGGAACCAUCGCUACCACACCACCACCACCACCACCAGUCUCCACAUCACCACCACCAGAGCCCACCACUGAGAAAACGGAUACAGAACAGCAAGAUGCAGAAGCUGUGACAGCAGAGAGUGAGGAUAUAGGACUUGAGUUACUGGAGGAGGGUGUAGAGCUGGAAGAGGUUGAGCAGGAAGCUGAAACUGAGCCUGUAGGGAGAGUAGAGGAUGUGGAAUCUGCACAGACGUCAAAGAAAGAGCCGGUGGAGAGUGUAGAGGUGGGGGAGGUAGAGCAGGAGGUAGUGGUACAGACAGCUGAAAGUGAACCUGUAGAGAGAGUAGUGGAUGUGGAAUCUGCACAGACGUCGAAAGAAGAGCCGGUGGAGGGUGUAGGGGAGAGUGAGGACAAAAUGAAGACAACUGAUGAUGAACCCAUGCAGAGUGUUGAGAAGGGAGAGACUAUCAAGACACCAGAGGAGAUGCCUGUGCAGACGAUGGAGGAGGAAGUGUCCAAGGAAGAGCGUGUGAAAGAGGAAGAGGUGCGCACGGAGAUCUCAUUAUCUGGGCAGCCGCAGUCAGAGCAGCAGCCACCGGCUACUACUACUGAAGAGGAUCAGGCAGGAGCUUUAGCAGAGGGGGCGGGUAGGGACGCAGAGCCAAAGCGUGUCAGUCCGGUGGAUUUGCCGGCGUCGGUAGAGGGAGGACAGCAGGUGGUGGACGAGCCUAAAGAGGUUACCCGGGAUGAGCCUGCCCCUGCAGAGAGGGAGGAGGCAGCGCAGGAGGGAUGGAGCAGAGAGGGAACACGGCAGCCAAUCACGGUCGUGACAGUCGAGCAGGCAACUGCGGAGGGAGGUGCCGACAGGAAGGAAGAGCCAGUGCAGGCCGCUGACAAGCAGCCCACUGCGGCACCCGAGGAGGAGGGGAGGAGGAAGAUAGACGAGCUGAAGAAAGCCAUCCUAAAGGCAAGAGACGAGUCGAGGAGGAGGAGCCGGGUGACGGAGACGCCACAGGAAGACACCGUGCCCUCGUGGGUGCGUGCAAGACGCAAGUCGGAGGAACAGGAGCGCAAAGACGCCUCAGGUGAAGGAACCGUAACAGCUACCUCUCCAGCAGCAGUAGCAGAGGCUCCAGCUCCAACACCACCACCCCCCCUAGCAACGCCACCACCACCACCACCCCUAGCAACACCAGCACCACCCCCACCACCGGCAGCACCAGCACCAACGGCUCCUCCAUCACCCGUGACUUCUACUGCCACCACCACCGCCACUAGAAUCCCCUUCAGAGAUAAGCAGGUCAGAUUUGAGAACGGGUUGCCCGGGCCAGAGAUUGCCGUGCUGACCAUCAGAAGGCCGACCCAGAGACCAAAGAGAAAGGAGGCUAAUCAAAACCUGAUAGAGAAGGAGAAAGAGAAGGGGAAAGACAACGAAAAGGACGAGAAGAGCCAAACAGAGAAAAAAAAGGAGGCCCCCAAGAAGGCAGUGAGGAUGGAGAGCCCUUUACCUCAGGAGGAUGAGCAAGACUCAAGCGCAAGUUCUGAUUCCCAGGACUAUGAGAUCUCCCUCUAUGUCAAGGCAGGCAGUGAUGGUGAGAGCAUUGGAAACUGUCCAUUCUCCCAGAGGCUGUUUAUGAUCCUGUGGCUUAAGGGAGUCAUUUUCAACGUCACCACUGUUGACCUCAAGAGGAAACCAGCUGACCUGCAGGACCUUGCCCCAGGCACUAACCCACCAUUCAUGACCUUCAACGGGGAGGUCAAGGUCGACGUGAACAAAAUCGAGGAGUUUCUGGAGGAGAAGCUCACACCCCCUCGAUACCCUAGACUGGCGGCUAAACACCCCGAGUCCAACACAGCUGGGAUCGAUGUCUUUGCCAAAUUUUCUGCCUAUAUCAAGAACCCACGCAAAGAUGCCAACGACGGUUUGGAAAAGGCUCUGCUGAAGUCACUUAAGCGCCUGGAUGAGUUCUUGCAGACCCCGAUGCCAGAAGAAGUGGACGCCAACAGCACAGAGGAGCAGGGAGAGUCCACCCGCAGCUUCUUGGAUGGGCCUGACCUCACACUUGCGGACUGCAACCUGCUGCCCAAACUACACAUCAUCAAGGUGGUGGCCAGAAAGUACCGCGGUUUUGAGAUUCCAGCCGACAUGACGGGUGUGUGGCGCUACCUGAACCGCGCCUACGAGAGGGAGGAGUUCACUAACACCUGCCCUGCCGAACGAGAAAUUGAGUUUGCCUAUCUGGAUGUCGCCAAGAAGAUUAAGUAGAUUGUGUGUGUGUGUGUGUGUGUGCAUGUGUGUGUGUGUGUGUGUGUGUUAUGUAUGUCUGUUUAUGUAUUUUACAGAAAGGUAGAGAUCUAAAAGACAAAGAAUAAGAAAAAAGAGGUGGCAAAAGGACAUGUGUUUAUGCCUAUAUGUGCAUGUUUGUGUGUGUGUGCCUGCAUGUGUGCGUGUGUGUGCAUGUGUGAGUGCGUGCGUGUGUGUGCUGAUGAGUAUGUCUGUGGAUGUGUGUGUGUGUGUGUGCACUCCCCGGUGGUGUUGCAUUGUACUCAUACAGUAUAUAAGUUGUUGGACCCUGAUAUAUCAGGACAUCCAUAGAAUGUGUUGAGUCAGUCAGAGUUUCUUUUAACCAAUGGCAGGGCCAGGAUCCAGUAGAACCAAUGACAUGCUAGCCAUACUGUAUUCCUACACUAAGUUCAUAUACUCAGUACCAAUAGAUAUCCCUUAUAUUGUAUUUCUCAUUGUAUAAACACUAUGGCCUUGAGAGCAGUUAAAGCAAAUGUACCUUUCAAUCAUGCAUUAGAAAAUCAUGCCGUCUACUUCUGCCAUGUAUCUCUGUCUCUUUUAUUUCAUCUAUGAUGAUUCUUUCCUGUUUUUUCUUUUCUUUUGAAGGUAGAAAUAUCAACUAUAAACAUUUUAGAACUCUCAAAAUAUGAAAGGUUGUUUCAGGUCAUGACCUCGGUAGUUUGACCUCUUGCAUUUUCUACACACACGUUUUGUAAAAGCAAAUUGAUGUGUAUUUACAUUUACAGACUACAUUAAUGACCAUAAUGAGAUCCACUGUUGUAAUUUCCUGUACUCUCUUUUGUAUUGAAUGCCAUUGUCUGGAAGAUCUCAGUGACUCCUCACUCUUAUCUCCCGCCUCAGGUCUAUCUCUAAAGACUAAAUCCUUCAGCUAAUUUCUUGUGUGUUGAUUGUUUUUUUUUUUUGUUGCAUUGAUGACCUGGCAGUGUUAACAUUUGGAUGCUUUGUAAACGGAGUGAACGCCUUAUCAAUCCCCUGAGAGGAGACCUAAUUAAAGUUGAUUGAAAAACGUGA